AUGGAUCCCACCAGCUACACCCCAUCGCAAGGAGUCCGCAACGAGAACCGACUCUCCAACAUACACACCGUCGCACUAAAUGAGCUUCAGGAGUUAGAGUCUGAGCCCCUCUGCCACCGAAUUGCUGCGCGUUUACUGGUCAACAACUGCCACCUGCUGGACGGCCAAGAUGAGGCGACGGUCCACAUGGACAGUGGAAGAGCGGCAAGGGACUUUGUGGACUCGUACGCGGCAAGUCUUGCCAUAUGUGACCUGGAGAGGGGAAGCUUUGUGAUCCCUCCUACCUGCUCCCUAUUUCGCGAGGCUACUCUGGCUGCGCUCCCCAUCUCCACCCAGCCACAACUUCACGUUUCGACGCCUGAGAUUGACGACUGCCUUGAGGGUCUGGCCCAGUCGGACUCUGCUUGGAAUACCUGGGUGAGCUACCGCCAUAAGACCUUGAGGUUUUGCGAAGCAGCUCGUGCGGACAAUGAAAAAACACAAAGCAUCCAUGUGUAUCAGCGGGUGACCAAAAUUCUCGAGAAACUCACAACUCAAAUUGAAGAUGAGCUGGAGGAGCGGUUACGAUCACUUAAUCGCGCGUUCCAUGAAACAGCCGGUUCCGUUGACACUUUUGCAACCCAAGUUAACGAGAUCAAAACGGGGCUUAGUAUGGUGGAUGAAGUCAUACAAGGCCAACUGCACCGUACUGCAAUGGAAUCGAGUAAGAUGGUCAAAGGAGGGCUUGAGGACGCGAGAGGUCUGCAGAGGAUUCUGGCAGUAUUGCUACGCACAACCAUGGAUGCAACGGCGGAGGUUGCUGCAGCACACGAAAUCGCUCUGGAAACUGCCACCCAAAAUGCAAAUCAGGAGAUUGAGACCUUGAUGACUGUCCUGGCUGCGACCGUUUCAUCUUCUCUUUCGUUGCAGAAUCAGAUGGAAGCAACGCAAAUCCAAACAGGAGAGAUGAUUCAGAAUCAAGCCAAGCUCGAAGCAGGAAUGGAAAGGCUUGAGGGACUUGCUGAUCAUUUGCUUGUAAAGUUCGACAAGCAUGAAGGACGGCUAGAACAAGCGCAGCAAAAGACCACACAAAUUCUGGACACCCUCGACGCUGCCACUGUAUCAGCUUCAGCCUUUAGAAACUCAUUCUUUCGCGGCUUUGGGUUCUCUGGGCUGUGGCCGUACGUCCUCUUCCCGGUCGCAUCUCUCGUCAUGGGAUCUUACGGUCUCGAACCGUCAAUCGGGCGUAAUCUAUGGCUUGUUGGUGUCGGAGAAUUAAUAGGCUGUGUUGUUUCAAGCGCAAGCCUGUACACCGGCAUCUUUUUUCCACCAUCCCGUCCAAGACAGACAACGCUUAAUACAACCUUCGGCGCGAACGAGCCUGCGGAUUACCAAAGCGAUGCUACCAAUGGCGGAUAUCUUCGAUUUAUUCAUACCAGUUUUCAGUAAGGCAACAUCUCAGAGCAUCAUAUUGCGUUCGGAUCGAAUUGGGUGACGGGAUAUGUUGGUGGAUCUCAGGGGCGUUUUGGGCUGUCACUUUCGACUUUUAUCUUUCUCGGGCUUCAACAACUUCACUGGGAUACGCUGGGAGACUUGGG